GCACUCCACGAUCCCACGCAGGCGGCGCUGUGACGGGCAGGCGGCGGCGCCGCGCCUGCGCCGGCGGGAGAGCGGCGCUUCCUGCGCGGUGCCGGCAUGGCGGCAGCGUUCCUGAUGGAGAUCCGGCGGGCCACGCAGAGCGCGCUGCUGGUUAUCCGCGCGGCGGCGGAUCUCCCCAGCGCGCCGGUGGAGGUGUCGGUGUGCGCGGAUUCCCUGGAAGUGAGGAGCGGCGGGAGCUGCGAUGCGGCGGCGCUGCCGGCAGGGGUCAGCCUGGCGCCGUCCUCGUGCCGCGGGCUCCGGCGCCUGCGCGGGGACGGGCUGCACCUGCGCGUGCGCCUGCGCCGCCCGCCGGCCGCCGCCGAUGUGGUUUUUGCUUUGAGGGAAAGCCUGAAACCCAACAAUAACUACAUCUUUUACUGUCAGUCCUGUGGUGACAUCGUAGUGAACGACCGGAAAUUUCUCAGAGUUCUUCCUCUACCAAGUGAAAACUGGAGUGAUUUAGUUGAAGAGUGGUGUUGUCACCCCGACCCCUUUGCCAGAAGCACUUUGCACCCUCAGCAUGGUGACUGUUUUGUUGGAGACACUUUUUUUCUGUUGAAUUCAAGAAAUGAAUCACAUGUGCACGAAUCUCCUGUGUGCUCCUCAGAGGCUGGACACCAUGUUUUGCAGAGUGGAUCCAACUUGAAGUCAAAAGAAAAUACCAGAGUAAUUUGUAAGCGCUGCAAGACAAUGCUGGGAGAAACAGUUUCAUCAGGUACCAUUAAAUAUUAUGUCACUGAGGUGGUUGUUCAAUCAGCUGAGGGAGGUUUCAGUCCAACACCAAGGUCUCAAUUUGUACAGAGCAUUGUUGCUCAGUGUCUUUUGGAAUUGUCCUCUGCUAAAAGCACAUUUAGAUUCGCCAUAAAAGGAGAUAAUGGAAAAACCUAUAUUCUGAUCUGGCUUUUAAAUUCUGACACGUUGCUGGUAGAGUCUUUAGGAAGUUCCUCCUCCCACAGUGAUUUUACACUGUUUGGAGAUAUCCUUACACCUAGCUCUGGACCAGUGGGAACCUGGAAUGCUCUCAAAGUCCUUUACCAGCCCUGCAUUCAAGGCAGAAAUAAGGAGUAAUUGCCUCUUUAAAAUACUGAAUUUCCUUCUCUUCUGAAGUCAGUACAUCAGGAGAAAACAACUUCAAAGCAUCAAGCUGAGAGAUUUUUGUGAACAGUGAUUACAGCAUUUUUUCUGUACAGCAGGAUAACUUCUCCCUUUGGAUUCAGGCAUAAUGUUCUGGAGUGCCUGGUAUUUGUGAAUAUUUCUAUAUGGAAUAUCAACAGUGCUGUGGAAGAGAUUUAAUUUUACCCAAAGGUUUAAAAAUCAGAGGCCAGAAAUCAUUUUCAUCUUUAUAUUGUUCUGAAAAUCCAUUUCAACUUCAGAAAUGGCCCCCUGCUUGGUAUAAUAGGACUUUAAAAGGGAAUUAAAGUUUAUGGAGCAUGUAUAAAUCUUCAUGUGGCACAGCUGGUAGGAAUAACCUCUGUAAGAACACCCAGGCAAGUGCUUUCUACUAUGGCUAGGGGACUUAGAGCUUGAUGUACAGGGUAACAACAGUGCCAUCUCAUCAUACAGACCAUUGGUUCAUUCAACUUUGAUUUAAUUUGAUUUUUUUUCUUAAAUAAUUUUUCUCUGCUGCUUGCUUGGUUUCUUUUGCUGACAAAACCAGUGUUACUGUUUGUGGCUAUUCCACAGCCCUGAAUGCACUCCUGUUUCAAUACUCUUAGGGCAGGGUAUCAAAGACACUAUCCCUCUGGUACCAGUGACAGUGUUGAGACUGCUGGCUGCUGUGACAGUGAGCUCAUAUUAGGGCUGUAUUUUCUACCUAGUGCCUAAUUCCCAUGCUUUGUGGUUAGAGCCUUUCCUGGGGACGGUGGUGUGACCAUGAGUAACAAGGCAAAGGGCUACCACAUUGCUACCUGGGUUUGCUGCUGCCUCUCUGCCACUCUCCCUGCAUGGCCUAGAUGGGAAACUCAAAUUGUAAUGCAGAAAUCAACCCUGCUUUUCAGUCAUGGUCUUAGGUGAGGUUACUGCACCAACUUUUUGCCUUGCUUUUGCUGCACAGGCAUCUGAGCCACUUGACAGUCAAUUCCUCAGGUGCUGCAGUUUAGAGCAUAUGGUUGAAAGUAAAUUGUUGCCAAUUUUGGGUUGCUUAAAGACACUGCACAUUGAACAAUGGAAGUUUAGGAAAUGAGUGAUGAGCAGUUCAGGUGCCCAGUCAGGGUCAGCUGCUGAGACCAGUAGCUUCAUCAGCUUUCUCACCCCUGCUCAUCCAUCAGGUCACUGAGUACCAAGACUGAGUGAUGCCAAUACCUCACAGUGCACAGAAAUAGCAGGUUGCACCAGUUUUACAGUGUUUAUGCAUUGGGUCUGAAUGUCUUCUUUUUUUUCACCUGUAACUACUAACUAAAAAAAUAAUCUUACUUAAAAAACCUAUGCUGAUUUAUCAUAAUUGCAUCUAUCAAUCUAUUUCUAAUGACUAGAUGCAUGAAUUUCAAGAGUCCCUUCCCUAAGGCCACAUUAGUCAGUAUAACCUCAGACUGAUAUGGAGAACAAUUUUUUUCCCAAACUCAUAAGGAUGUGUAAAAAAUUUAUGAUGUUGCUUUAACAAGGCCCACUGAGAUUUGGGAUUAUAUAUCUAAGCCCUUAUUGAAGACAAAAUCUCUCCUAUGUUUAGUCAUGCAGAGCAAAGCUGCUCUUCAGACAGAACUUUAAAAAUUAAGGUAAUUUGAUAAACAUAAAAUCGAAAUUAUAGAGAAGGGUAUGAGGGACCUUUCCUCUGAAUUCCUUUACUGCAAAGCCAGUUACUAUUAAAAAAUAUAAAAUGUAAAUUAGAGUGGCAGCAGCUCUUGAAUUUUAAGGCCAUUUCACUAUACUAGGAGCUGCCAGUGGAAAUUCUUUACCAUUGUUAGAAGACAACUACUUGCAAUACUGAAGAAAAAGCAGAGGAUGCAAGACAGACCUCAUUCCCUAGCAGGAGAAUUCAUUCUCCUGUAUAAUUAAUCUGAUUUCCUAGUCUCAUUCUUCAGCACCCAAAUCUCUGCUCUUUCUCUAAGAGGUAAUUUUUACUCAGGUUGGGGCCUCAGUUUAGCAUCCCUCUACUUCCUUCUCCUGGGAAACUCUAGAAGGGAAAUUAAGUGCAAUGUAUUUCAUGAGAUAUUUUAUGUCCAACUCCCUCUUGUUUUCUUGAAUGAGGAAUUAGGAAAUUAAACUGUUUCCACAGGCUUGGAAAUUAAAAAUCUGAUUUAACAUUAGGCCAUUUAAUUAAAUUAUAAAAAUUGAACCUAAUAUUUUUGGCAGGGUAUUUUACAGGAAGCCACAGUGCAGUUGGCAGAAAGAAGUUCCACACUUUCAAAGCACCAGAGUUGUUUUAGACAUUUUCACUCUUUGCUUAAACUUGAACAAUCUGUCUGUCCAGAAACUUAAGUGCAUUCUUUGUCUCUCUCAAGAAACCAGGCAUUCUACUUUUGUAAGGGUUAUAGAUUGAAAAAUAUCUACACUAUGCUAUUCAGCCUUCCUUUGGGUAAAUUUCUACUAUUUUAAUUAGCAGUGUUUGCUGUGAAAGUAUUUAGAUUCACUGACAAUUCAUACAGGGCAGUCUACAGGAGCUGCACAGUCCCAGAAAACCUUGAAGAAAAAAAUGAAAACUUGAAUGUGGCUGGGGAUGGUAUUGCUGUGUUUACAAGCAGUGACACUGAGUAUUGUAUGAGAGAAUGCAGACAGAUAGGUGUUCUAGAUUAAUGAUUAAGACAGGUACUGGUCUUUAAGCAACAUCUGCAUGUAUUUUUACAUUUUGUAGAUCCAACAGGAAUAUGUAAUCCUCCUAUGCCCCAGAUAAUGAUGUUUUGUUUCAGUAAGUGAUGGGAGCAUUGUCUUUGAAUGACCUUGUAUUCACCUUGCUUAAUGUAGAAUGAUUUAGUCUGGAUGCAAAGUUCUGCUUUUAAGGAUGAAGAGUUAGUAAAUCUUUAAAUCUGAUGAAACACCAAACAAUUAUUGUCCAUCUCUUGAAUUGUAUUGCUGUUGUGGGGCCUUAUUUUCUUUUUUUCUGCAGCAUCUCUGAGAUCUGAGAUUUUGUUAAUAAUGAGUAUUGCAGUUGGGCGCACAUGACAUAGUUGCUGCUGCUCUGUAGAUAUUUCAAUCAGAGUUACCAAUUUGGAAAUCAUCUGGUAGCUGUUUUGGGCAAGCAGACCAGGUAUUUUUGGACUGACUUCAGUAAUAUCUCAGUGAAUGAAGGAGGACUCUAAAGAGAUGAAACUAGAAAACAAGUCAAUCACAGAUGAAACUAGGAGCUUAAAUAACUCAAUUCUUGACAUUGCAUUUGUGAUGCUUAGAAUUAUUAUAAGAGAUAAAGAAUAAGUACUUUUUUUAAAAAUCUUGGACAUUAUAUACUAUUUUAUUUUGGAACAGAUAUAAUAAUAAAAUUCCUUGCUAACGUGCUGCA